AUGGACUCAGACGAGGGUUAUAACUAUGAAUACGACGACGAAGACGAAUGUAGCGAGGACAGCGCCGAAGAGGAGCCCGAGGACGACACCCUGGAGCUCGGUGAGGUGGAGUUGGUCGAUCCCGUGGUGGCCGGUGGGGAGCGAGAUGAGUGCGGGGAAACUGGCGGAGGUGGCCACGGUCCCGGUGAGGAGGAGGAGGAGGACUACCGCUUCGAGGUUUUGACUGCCGAACAGAUCCUCCAGCAUAUGGUGGAGUGUAUCAGGGAGGUCAACGAGGUCAUACAGGUAGGUAUUUUGGUAUGUGAGCGUCAGGAAAGACCGGGGUCCAGGCUCGGCUGGAGCGUAAACAGGCCGUGGACGUUAGCUCAGCCGUUAGCCUGUGGGAGUAGUUUACUUGCUGGAAGUUGGCAGUUUCACAACUGUGACAAGAUUAACACAUGUCUUCUUUUUCUCAGCGUAGUUUACCUAAGUCAGCCUAAAUGUUGAAAAUGGCGAGAAAUUCGAAAUGCGGAAUCUAUUGAUUUAAAUAGCACAUAAUAAUCUAAUUUCACUCCAGGAAGUAGCCUUAUCCCAAUUGAGAAGUUGGCAGAAACGUUGGCUAAGCUAAAGCGAGCUAUCAAGUUAGCUAGCUUGCUAUAUAGCAGCGGUUACCGUUAACCUAGCACCCAACCAGAAAGUAUAACGUCUAAAGUUCUCUAAUAAGGUAACUGCCAACACGACCCACCCUACAUUUUCAGUGCUUUAAUCACACUUUUUAAGCUCCCCGUUGCAAAAUGUGACUAAUUCCGUUCGCGUUGUCAUUAUUUAAUGUUGAUCAAAAGGCUUGGUCAUCGAGUUGGUUAGCAAGUUGUGUGCUCGUUAACCUCAGUGAGCGUUAGCAGUCUAUUUUUCAGCAAUUACAGGACAAUUUUAAUGCAUCACACGAUCGACAUUUGCACUCUGGGACCAGUUUUAUUCCCAGUUAGAUGUCAGGGAAACUCAGUGUAGCCCCUUCGCCUGACCCCAACUUGGGCCUCCAUUUCCUUUUCACUUAACCUGGUUACAGAAGAAAACGGAAAGUACCUCUCAUAGACCUUCAAUAGUGCACAUUAUUAGAUAAUAGCGUCGUGUUUUCUACAUAACAGUAUUUCUUUCUCAUCCUUGUGCUACAAAAGAAAGCUCGAGAACCCAAAGGUUAAUUAUUUGGACUGGAUCAAGUAAAGCCUCAUGGAAGUAGUUACCACAGCAGAGACAACUGACAUGGUGAUUCUGCUAUAAAUAGUUUUAAGUUUACCCCCAUAAUUUUCAGAUUUUUGCAUAACUCCUCAGAAGUAUGUCAUUAUAUUUGUAUAGUGGAGACGAGGUUUCAAAGUUAAGUGUAUAAAGGUUAGGCAGAUAACCUCAAUUAAAGCACAUUUUACUGAAUUCAUAGUGAGUGUCUGUGCCUUUACAUGUCAAGUAACUGGUUUAAUCUUGCCAGUGCAGAUAUGCAGAGGUGAUAUAGCAUAUAUGUUGUUCAUUUUCACACAGAUGUGUGUCAUGUGCUUUCAAAGAUAAAAAUGGUAAACUGAAAACAGGCCAAAAGGGCAGAUACAAAGAGGUAUGCUCUUACUAGCUAUGUUGAGUGUAGACCAAAUAGCAGGAGCACCUAUCAGCUUAACAGCCUCACAAGAAAAUAAAUGGAAACAGACCAUUUCAACAUUCACACAGAUAUGAUUUUUUCUAGUGCUGCUGUUGUAAUGUACUGCAUUACUUUUAGUCAGAGUCGCCCAAAAAUCAGUUGACAACUCUUUAGAUACCACAGUGUUAGUGUUGUUGUUUUACUUCCACAGUUGUUCUUCGGAUGCCUCAUUUAGGAGCUGUUUUGCUUUGCAGGAUAUAAUGUGACGCUUCUUCCUGUUUGUUCGUUAUUUUGGAGACAGUAGCUGUGUUUUGAUAAAUGUUUGCAAAACUUUGAGUAUCAGAACAAGAAGAUUGAGUAGAGUAAGAUGUUUUUGUCAAAAAUGUGAACCCAUUCAGUCAUACUUCUCCUGUGAUUUUAUGUGAUUAAUCACAAUAGCUAUUAAAGAUUGUCUUGAAUUAUCCUCUCUCCAACUUCAUCAGGACAAAGUAAUUCUUGCCUUGUGUUAUGAUCAGUGAUGCAAUUUGCUAAUCAUGUGGUUGCUGAGAUGAAACCGUCAAUGCUUUGUUUACAUUGUGAAACCAUGAAAGUGUAACACAUGGCAUGAAGUGUUAUACAAAACAGGAUUUACUGCAUCUCUGCAAAAUUCAUAUAUUUUAUAAAAACCGAAGUAUUUUAGUAGAUGAGUACUGUCACCUUUGAUUGUAGUAACAUUAGGUAGACCUCAGUGUGGCAACAACAAGAGCUACACAGUGUUUACCACUAGGUAUGAUUCUGUUGUGGUGUGAAUUGUUUUGUUUGACUAAAUAUGAGCAAACAACAAUUCUGCUUCUCAUUUCAGUUACUAGAAUAUCAAUGAUGUGUUUGAUCCUCAUGUAGUUUGGGGGGAAAGUUGGUCUACCAGUUUUAAUUCUUAUUCCACUGAAAGUGAGAAAGUCAUGAUCAAACGCAAUGCAAGAAUUUUAGUCCGUUUUUAAAAAAAGGUGCAGCUACAGCACUGUUGAAAUACUUUUGGCAGCUCCAAACUUCAAAACCCCUCUGGCCAAUAGAUUUAUCUCUAUUAAUUGUUGAAGUCACGCAUGUGUGAAAAACAGCAGUCACAGAAUAUCUAUUUAAAACUCAAAUAGUGUCAUCUAGUCAUUCCUUCCUGGGGUCCUCAGCAUUUGUCAGACAAUGUGACCGUUGUGUUUUAUUACUUUUGUUGAGAACAACCUUUAUACAGUGUAGCAAUGCUGUUACAGUAUUUCAACGCUGGGCAGAACUGAAGUCAUCUUAUCAUAUGAACACUGGCAUCUGCUUAGCAAAUAAAAUGCAAAGUCAAAAGAAAAUUUGCAUAGGAUUGGUGUUGAUAUUUUGUGGUGAAACUGAACUUUAUUUUGUGGGUAGGUUCUAAGCUUUUUCUGUUUCAAUUAAGAUCAAGAACUUUCAGACCUUCCUCAACAUUGCCAUAAGUACAAUAGCUAAAUAACAGGGUUUGAAGUGUUUAUUUAGGUGGUGGGAGUGUGUCAAAAUUGAUUUCUGACAGUUUGACACUGGCAAUCUGGCAACAUUGUGGAAACUCUGUCAGUGAUAUGCAUUUCAGUGUUAUAUGAUUUCACUGUAAUGAAAGGGUUUCAGGUUUUUGUGUGUCCAUGCCUACUCGCACAUGUGUGAAUGUUGAAUGGCAUAAAAAUUAUGGGCUUUUGACUAUCAGAGGGAGGGAUUCUGUUUCACAUUGUCACUAGCUUUUCAUGAGAUAACGUAUUCAACUAAAUAUUAUCUCCCUUAUUACCUGACUACCAAUUAAAAUAUAUACACAAGCUGUCUGAGUUUUGAUUUAAAGGUGAUUUUAUUGAGUUCUUAAGUUCUGACUUGUGAUAGGGCUUCUACAGCAAAUUCUUAUCUGCUCACUUACUGGUCCAAUUAACAUUAAACCUAAUGUAUUUAUUCAUCGUAAAGUCUGUUGGCCUUCGAACAGACACAGAAAAUAAGGUCCCUUUACCCAUAACUCUUUAGUUUAUUUUCAGGCUGUUCUGCACAUAUUGAAAGGAUUGGACAGCGGAUAAUAGAGUAGGAAACUGGGAAGGAGAGUGAGGAAAGAUGUGGUAAAAGGCCGCAGAUUGAAAUUAAACCCAGGCUGCCCACUGCAGGGACUGUAGCACCAUAACCUCUGCGCUUGUUUAACUACAAGGCACCUCCAUCCCUUAAGUUUUCUGUUGGCUGCUUUUUCUCUUAACCAGUCCAGCAUCACUGCCAGAGCCCAUACUACUACAUACCCAUGUGGUUUGUGCUCGCUUCAUGCCUGUUUUCUUUGGUCUGUGAAUGAAAGCUGUUUUGCUACUUCUUGUUUUUUUUUUCUUUUGCUGUUGACUGGUCAGCCAUUAACUAAAAAUCUAAAGUUUUGUGCCCUCCAAAAAUGUUUAAGAUAUCCUCCUUUUUGUCUAGUGAUGCGAUUGGGAAAUAUGCUAGUUAUGCCACAAAGUAGAUGUUGCUUUAGGCUAGGUUGAAAUCAAUAAUUUAUCAAACAAAAUUCUUCUUAAUUUCUAAUAAAAAAAUUCUUGUUCUCUAGAAUCCUGCAACAAUAACACGCAUCCUUCUCAGUCACUUCAACUGGGAUAAGGAAAAGCUUAUGGAAAGGUAAGAAGAGGUUCUUUGCUGCUUGCCUCUUGUUCAACUGCCAGCUCACAAGUCUGUUAGCUGGGAUGAUCCUGGGACAACACGUGUCUUAAUGCCUUUGUAACACAGUGAUUUUUUUUUUUUUCUGUCAUCUCAUUCAAUGCAGGUAUUUUGAUGGCAAUCUUGACAAGCUUUUCUCAGAGUGUCAUGUAAUUAACCCCAGUAAGAAGCCUCGCAUCCGUCCUCCAAUCAACACUAGAUCAUCGACACAGGACAUGCCAUGUCAGAUCUGCUAUCUGAACUUCCCCAACUCGGUGAGUCCCGUAAUGACAUCAGCAUUAGCCGCCCCAGCUGAGUGUGUGCUCAGAACUGAGUUGUGUUUAUGCAAUAGAGACUUUAUUGAAAAGUAAACCCCAAAGCUGCAUUUUGGCUCGAGACAACAAAGAAGAUUAAGGGCACAUUUUAAGUUCAAAUAGCAAAGGGACACCAGAUUGAGGCUGCAUCGUAAAGAUAUUUGAUUCCUUUUCCAUAUUGUUUUUCAAGACCCAUGGAACUGUACUGGGUGGUGGUCAAGGUAAAUUUGCAGGACAUUAUGUGUAAGAGUGAUAGAAAAAAAAGGAAACCGCCUACAACAAAGAAAAAAAUCCUCAGUUCACAUCUGCUUUUUAUCAGUUUUUUUGUCAGUAAAACUAGGGCCUAAAAUUAACAUUCACCAAGUGCCAAAUGUGGGUAGAUUUUCUGUUUGGGGAGCAGUUCUCAGAGGGUGAUGCAGCAUGUGGUGAGUAAAUGUUUCCACCACGAAAGUCAGUUCAUUAAAAGAAUAAACUGUGCUGAGUUUUUACCCUUUUGGGGUCAUUGUGACCGUCUCCUGAUCUUCUACUGUGCGCAUGCUUCGAGGGGUUGGGCCGACACACUCAAACCUAAUAUGAAGAUCACUGUAGAAUGACGCGCACACCCAGUACAAUCCAUCAUGGGUUACUGACAAUUGUACAGCGCAUUAAACAUAAACAUAAUUUUUUUAAGCAACCAAGACUUAAACAUGGCUGUUUGAUGGGUGAACAGAUUUUUUUUCACGGCGCUUCAAAUGACUUGAUAUCCAUUUUUUUUCUGAGAGAUGAUGUGAUAUGGGCUCAAUCAGUGAAUGCACUCUCUGCUUACUCUGCCCCUCCCAAUUCUGUCACAGAUACACAGGAUGUGAUGAAUAUUAUUACCACAACCCUCCUGUGAAUCCUCUGACAGUUUUUGGAUCUCUUCUUGGUAACAUCAACGUAUGCUUGUGUUUAGUAAGUGCAGCUGAUUGUACCGGAAGUGUUUUAGUAAUGUUCAAGUGUUUUUGAAACAAUAAGUAAUUAACACCAAGACUCCUCCUCACACGGCUCAGCUGCUGUAAAUAUAGAUCACAUAGGCCAACUAACUAACAUUGAAAUGGAUCAUGAUGAAGUGCAGAUGUGUCUGUGUGUAUAAGUCUGAUUGAGGGGGAGAGAACUAAAGCAUGAUGAGCAGAUAAAAGGUUUGUACAUAUAUAUUCAUAUUUAGCCAUGAAAAACAACUUACUGCUACAUAUUGUUUUCAAAUAGUUACAGAAUAUAACAGGAACAUUUAUAAUUAAUUUGUAAUUUCAGAAAGGAAAAGGAAUCUGUUCUCUGUAGAUUUGGUACACGAGUUGUAUUUAGGUUUUAAUUGAUUAACAAUCGAUCAGUUCAUUUGCUCAAGUUUUGCUCUCAAGGUUUGUCUCCAACAUUGUUUUUGACUAUGAGUGUGAAAAUGAUGUAUACUGAAACUGAUUUGUAUAUGAAACAAAAGUGCAGUUUAUUUUAUGCCAGUAAAAAAGGGUCUCCUGAUGGAUUGUUGUAUCCAGCUGCUGCAUUGGCUAGUGAAUGAAAAAGUUAAUUCUGGCUACAACUGUGUAGUAUUUACUUAGGAGGUUAACAAGGAUUGUUUAGUCAGCUUCAUGAAAAUGAAAUGAAUGCAUCUCAAAAACAGGAGCAUUUUUACACAGCCUUCAUGCAUCGAAUGUCACCUACUGCUGCAUGUUUUACUUGCGGUAAAAAAUGGAAAUAAGUGCCUCCAUAGAUUGUAUUGCGGUAAUGAUCUAUGAGGAUGUGCAUAGCUGUCUACAAUAUUUUUAUUUAACCCCAUUAAACACUUAUUGGCCAAGGAUUUUCAGAAGGACAUGUGGGGAUUUUAGACAGUCAUUCCCGUUUGUAGUAGUGAGGCGCUCAGAAAGAAUGACCCUUUCAGAAUCCUCAAACAAAUCUGAAUCAUUUUUUCAAGUUCACAGCAGUGGAAAUAGUUGUGUAAUAACUGCAUCUGCAUCAACUGAGACAAAAAUCGGAUCUUAUCACUUGAAAAAAAGAAAUGCACUAUCUCUGGGUUUGCACAUGAGCACGAAAAGCAGGCAAAACAGCCGUCAAGUACAUUUCUUGUCAGUUUGUUAACGCAAAAUAACCGUUUAACUCUGAACACUUUUCACACGAAUGAUCUUGUCUUCUUACUUACAAGAUGCUCCUUCUGUCACAGUAUUUUACAGGCCUGGAGUGUGGACACAAGUUCUGUAUGCAGUGCUGGGGAGAUUACCUGACCACCAAAAUAAUAGAAGAAGGAAUGGGACAGGUACUGACUUCUUUCAAACCUAUCAGGCACUGAUCAGUGUUCAACUUUCAAUUACCGCAUUUCUAACGGUUUACAUUCUGUGUUUCCCUCUCAGACCAUUUCUUGUCCUGCUCAUAGUUGUGACAUUUUGGUCGAUGACAACACAGUCAUGUGAGUAUCUGUUUAUAUUGAACAUGUUUGACAUUUUUCACUCUUUUGGUCUAAAGUUGAAUGUUAGCUGAUAAUUAUGGUAACAUGAUACAGACACAUGCUGUAAAAUAGAAGAGGUGAAACUUGUUACAUAAAUACCUUCAUUCUGAAAGAAUGGACUCUAAUCUUCUUUACUAGCUGUUAAGCUGACAGUAAUUGUCUUAACCUACAUUCUGAACUGACUAGCCAGUUAGAGAGCUAAUUUGGUUCAAACUGACCAAUUAAGGGUGAAACAUAGAAACAUGUACUCCACCAUUUUAUGGUUUGUAGCCUGCACUAAACACUUAGUUUUAUUGAUAUGAAAUUUGCUGUUGGUUUGUAGCUUUUGUCAGCAGGUGGUUAGACGUUAACAAUGUAGUGUCAACCUUAGCUGCUCAGGAAAAUGUAAAUUGGUUUGCCGUUUUCCUGAGUUCACGCAUUCAGGAUUUGCAGCAGGUGGAAUUUAAGGACUUAACCAAAGACAUUCAUUUAGUAAUAGGAGGCUAACAAAUGAUUUGGCUUUUCCUACAGGCGCCUCAUAACAGAUUCAAAAGUAAAGUUGAAGUACCAGCAUUUAAUUACGAAUAGUUUUGUAGAGGUAAGCUUCCAUGUUUUUUCCCAUAUUCACCAAUCUAAAGAAUAUAAGACUUGAAAAGAUGCUGUUUAACUGUUUAUACUGUGUGCACUCCUUAUAACAGCAGGUAAAAAAUCUUAAAAUCUUAGCUUAACUGUCCAUGAAACUAUGAUUUGAUUAUAUGUCUUUACUUUCAUCACAAAGUGCAAUCGACUGUUAAAGUGGUGCCCAGCACCAGACUGCCAUCAUGUUGUCAAAGUCCAGUACCCAGAUGCCAAGCCAGUGAGGUGCAAGUGUGGCCGUCAGUUCUGGUAAGAGAAUGAGUGGAGAAAACAAUGAAUGCAACAAUGAGUGAAUGCUGACUUUUGAUAUUUGUCCAUGUUUAUAUGACAUUGUGUGAUUUUUACUUGUGAUCCCUCCCCCUGGCAGCUUCAACUGUGGAGAGAACUGGCACGAUCCCGUCAAGUGUAAGGUAAGCAGCCAGUCAUUUAUCACUACAGAUAUUGUGAAGUGAAAUGAAAUGCUAUUACUAUGUGUAUUUACUGUCAACAUAACCAAACCAUUUCUGACUAUUUCUGUCUAACUUCUUUUGUAGUGGCUGAGAAAAUGGAUUAAAAAAUGUGAUGAUGACAGUGAAACUUCAAACUGGAUUGCAGCAAAUACAAAGGUAUGGAGGAAAGCUGUCAGUGCAUGGUGGUACGGAAUGAAUAUGAUGACCGAAAUUAAGAAUGACUCGUCUCAAAAUUCUGCUGCCUUGCCUUUAAUGUCAUAUCACAUCUGAUAUGUUUUAUAAGUCACUUUAAAGACUCCGCCUUGUGCAGACUUCUGUAAGACCCUCCUCAAUCAUCCCUCUUAUGUCCUGACAGGAGUGUCCUAAAUGCCAUGUGACCAUUGAGAAGGAUGGGGGCUGCAAUCACAUGGUUUGUCGGAACCAGAACUGCAAAGCUGAGUUUUGCUGGGUCUGCCUGGGUCCGUGGGAACCUCACGGCUCAGCUUGGUAAGAACUACACAAAAGUAGUGAUGAUGUUUGGAUCCAUGUUUGAAUAACCUUCAAGUAUUUUGAUUUUGAUGUUUGUACAAUCACAUCAACAUAACUUACAUCAGACAUCUGUAACACCAAACAAUUUAUAUAACAAAGUUUGGAAAAAAAAACAUUGUCAAACAGAAGUGUUGUGUGUAAAGUAGUCUGGAAAAAUGGAUAGUUCUGACCCAGCAAUGACUUUUCAGGUACAACUGCAAUCGCUACAAUGAAGAUGAUGCUAAGGCAGCCAGAGAUGCUCAAGAGGUAAAAAGAAAAUAAAGAUUUAGUUUCUGUAUUCCCAAACAGUGCUUGCUGUAUCACUUUUCAGCAUAUGCUUCAUUAGGAGUACAAAUGUUUUCAUCCCCUGUAUUUGGAAACACUCAAAAUUCUGAAAUGAAAAAUCCUGCUUCUGUCAACUUAAUAUUCACUUCACGUUUGACAAACAAAUUUAUGUCGCAAGAAUGUCGUGUUAGUUCAAGCAACAGUUAAGACAUUGACUGUGACAUUGCUGAUGAUCCAGUUCUCUGGAGGGUGCUUAAAGAUCAAAACACUGGUACAAGUAAGGUUGAUCAUGCCUGAGUUGAAGCCUGUUUAAUAACUUUGUGUGCAGCGCUCCAGGGCAGCUUUGCAGAGGUACCUGUUCUACUGCAACCGCUACAUGAACCACAUGCAGAGCCUGCGCUUUGAGCACAAGCUCUACGCUCAGGUCAAGCAGAAGAUGGAGGAGAUGCAGCAGCACAACAUGUCGUGGAUCGAGGUGCAGUUUCUAAAGAAGGCCGUGGAUGUGCUGUGCCAGUGCCGCUCCACACUCAUGUUCACUUACGUCUUUGCCUUCUACCUCAAGAAGAACAACCAGUCCAUUAUUUUUGAGGUAUGUCACUUUCAAAAUUGUUGGUGCUGACUGUUCAUCUUGUUUGUCUUAGCAAAUGAAACAAAAAAAAAAAGGAGAAAAAGGAGACAAGGAGUUCUAAGGAGGCUGUGUCCGAAAUGAAUCACUCAAUCCCUAACCCUUAACCCCCAUAUGGGAUUUUACUGUAUAGUUAAUUUUAUAGUGAACUCAAUCACCAAAGGUUUUGGACACUACAUGGCAUGACGCAAUGCAUGACAGGAUGCCCACAACGGUGAGUGACCAUCGGAUGGUCACUACAUUUUGCAAUGCUUUAUGGGAAAUUUUGAGUGGCCUAUAUAGGGCAUUAGAAUUGAUCACUGAGAUUUCUGACACCCCUCAAAAUGGUGCUAACCCCCAUGUAGUCACCUAUAUAGGGGUUAGGGAGCCAUUUCAGACAUAGCCAUAGAGUAUCCUUGUAUCUUGUAACAGUAUCUGUAAACCACCUGGCGCUCUACACUGAUUGGUCAAUGAUCAAGAACAUGAAUGUGGCAGUGUUCAAAAAGCUAAACUGUUGUCAACUAAAAGCGGAGCAAAAAACCUGCUGAUACUGAGAGUGUUGCUGCACGGGGGACCCCAAGUGCUGAAAAUGCUCGACUACAUUCGGUUGUGCUGCGAACACAAACAAAGUGUCACUAAUGGACAUCUUAUUUUCUUUUUCUGCACCAGAACAACCAGGCAGACCUGGAAAAUGCCACUGAGGUGCUCUCUGGCUACCUAGAGCGGGACAUCUCCCAGGAUUCCUUGCAGGAUAUCAAGCAGAAAGUACAAGACAAGUACAGGUGAGUUUGAAAAGAUUUGAGUCCUACCUUUAAAUGCUGUUUUUUGUAGUUGUUGUUGUUGGGUUCCAACAAGUGUUUUUGUUUCUUUAGAUACUGUGAGAGCAGGCGAAGAGUGCUGCUACAGCACGUCCAUGAAGGCUAUGAGAAGGACCUGUGGGAGUACAUUGAGGAUUGA